GCUAGGGUUGGCUGUCAGAAGGGAGUGUUCGCUCCCUUUUCCUCGUAGCUGUGUCUUUUCUUAGACGUUCUGUCCGGGGUCCAAGAUGGACAAAGUUUGUGCGGUUUUCGGAGGCUCCCGGGGGAUCGGCAGGGCUGUAGCUCAGCUAAUGGCACAGAAAGGCUACCGUCUGGCGAUCGUCGCCAGAAACCUGGAAGUGGCCAAAGCCGCCGCCGGCGAGCUCGGCGGAAACCACUUGGCAUUUAGCUGUGAUGUUGCUAAAGAGGAGGAUGUUCAGCAUACGUUUGAAGAGAUGGAGAAACAUUUGGGUCCUGUCAAUUUCCUGGUAAAUGCAGCUGGCAUUAACAGAGAUAGUCUCCUAGUGAGAGCAAAAGCUGAAGACAUGAUAUCUCAGCUUCACACUAACCUCUUGGGCCCCAUGCUGACUUGCAAGGCGGCCAUGAAGAUGAUGAUUCAGCAGGGUGGAUCCAUCGUUAAUGUAGGGAGUAUUAUUGGUUUCAAAGGCAAUGUGGGCCAGUCCGUGUACAGCGCCACCAAAGGAGGGCUCAUUGGGUUUUCACGCUCGCUUGCUAAAGAGGUUGCACGGAAAAAAAUCAGAGUAAAUGUGGUUGCACCAGGGUUUAUUCACACAGAUAUGACAAAACACUUGAAAGAAGAACAGUUCACGAAAAACAUCCUUCUCGGGAGGUUUGGAGAGGCUCUCGACGUGGCUCAUGCGGUUGUGUUUCUCUUAGAGUCUCCAUACAUCACAGGACACGUUCUGGUUGUGGAUGGAGGAUUACAGCUCACCAUCUAAUCAGAGAUGGUUCUGUUGCGAUGGUUGUUGAUUAGGGUCAAGUGCACAUUUUUUAAAUUAAUUAGGCAAUCAUAUCUAUGGGUGACAUUUGAUACCCAUAUAAUAAAAUGGUUCUAUCUUUAUAUGAACAUGUUUCAAAAGAACAAUGUGUGACCAGUUGUAAUCUAAAAGGUAUGAAUUCUCUAUUUUUAGAGACCAUAGAAAUUUUAGUACAUAGACGUUUUGUAAUACGUCAGUAUUAAUUUAUAUAUCUUUGCCUUAAAAAUAGAGGAUUCUGUUGUGAUACAGUUUAAUUGUAUCUGCUGGGUUUCUAAGACACCAAUUUUGUGCUGUUGCUAAAUAAGUAUUUGCGGACGACUGAGAUCAAUUUUUUUUAUUAGUUACUUUUUGUUGCUGUGGUAAAGCAUCAUGACCAAAAGCAACUUAUCGGAGAAAGGGUCUCUUGAUGCUUAUGGUUCCAGAGAGAUGGAGUCCUUCAUGGCAGGGAAGGCUGGCAGCAGUCAGGGAAAGCAUGGUGGUCAGAGCAGGAAGCUAGCUGGUCACAUUUCAUCCAUAUGCAGGAAGCAGAGGGGGAACAGGAAGUGGAGCCAGGCUGUAAAAUCUCAAAGCCCCCAGUGACAUACUUCCUCCAGCAAGACUGCACUUCCUAAAGGUUCCAUGACUUCCCCUAACAGUGCCACCAACAAGGAACCAAGUGUUCAGACAUGAACUCCUAAGGACAUUACAUUCAGACCAGCACAGUACUUAGAAGCCUUGCUAAGGCUCACCUUUUAUGUUGUAUGGUGCAUUUUGAGGCAGGAUAUCACAUUUAUAUCCUGUGAUAUCCUCCUCAGCUUGGGAAGCAUUGGUCUUAUUAGAGACCAAUUUUUGCUGGAGAGCAGAGAUGAAGACAUUUAGCUGAAUGCAAUAGAGAUAGCAUUUCUUUUGCCUUGAACUCCUGUGGGAAAUAAAGAACUAUUUUUAUAUACUAGAUUCAUAUUGAUUUUUUUAUUUACCAUCUUCCAAAUAUUUUUAAUAUUUUAUUUUAAAAUAAUGUUUUUUUUACCAAGGUGCUCAUAAUCUCAGAUACUUGGUCAGCUGAGGCAAGGCCAUAACAAGUUCAAGGACAUGCUAGGUUACAUAGUUGAAGGUCUGGGGUGUGGUAGAGCACUUGCCCAGUAGAAGCAAGACCCCAGGUUCAGUCCUUAGUGCUUCAGACUAGAACAGAACCAGACCCAAGAAUCCAGGAGUCAUCUAAUUGCUGUUUUCAAGUAGAACAUUAUCUAGAUGGAUUUUUGAUUAUAUAUAUAUUGAAAGUCAAAUAAAAAAUGAAUAAGACGUACUAAUAAAUUCAGAAUAAUAGUGCCGUAAAUCAAAAGCUGUGUACUAAAUAUGGAGUCCUUUAUCCCUGACAUACUUUCUUUACUUAGUUUAUUAGCAUUCUGUUUUUUCAGUCCUGGGGCUUGAACCUUGGGCUUUGGGCCUGCCUACUAAGUUAGUGCUCUACCCGUAGUUACAUCCACAGCCUUUGAUUCAGGAGAACAUCUGAUGUGAGUGCAGCUAGUACUACUGAAGGAACAGCCUGCUAAUGCAAGGUGGGGCAGUUGGAGGACUGUUAGGUAGUAGCAUUUCUAGGCAUGUUAGGUAAUGCGACACGCAGGAUGGCCCCCAGGUGGUGCACAUGGUAGGUAGGAGGCUUUGUGCAUAAAGAGUGGGUAGCUCCUUAUGCUCUGUCCCUUGUGUCUUUGGCCACCUAUACUUGUACAGGCCUCAGUGCCCUUUGCUGGACACACCAUGCUCUGAAGUCAUCAGUGAAGCUGGUUUGUUGUGUAAACAAGAGGAAAGCUAUGAGGAAGAAGUCGAGUAUGGUGACACUCACCAGGUUAUGGUGACACUCACCAGGUUAUGGUGACACUCGCCUGGAUAUGGUGACACUCACCUGGAUAUAGUGACACUCACCUGGUUAUGGUGACACUCGCCUGGAUAUGGGGAUACUCGCCUGGUUAUGGUGACACUCACUUGGUUAUGGUGAAACUUGCCUUGUUAUGGUGACACUCGCCUGGGUAUGGUGACACUUUCCUGGCUAUGGCGACACUCAGCUGGAUAUGGUGACACUUGCCUGGAUAUGGUGACACUCACCUCGAUAUGAUGACACUUGCCUGGCUAUAUGUAUAUAUAUGUAUAUGUAUAGUGAUCCUCAUACAUGGGGUUGGGGGAGGAAUAGAAGAUCAAGGUUGUUUUUAGCUACAUAGUGAGCUUGAGACUAGCGUGGGCUGUGUGAGCAAAAUCCAAAAACAGCAUUGAAAACUAGGUUACCAAUAGGCUUACCCUUGAGUCUAUGUUUGCUCUUUAAUAAAAUAAGCUGCUCCUCCCAUCUGUGUCAGACUGAAACAUGUGGGAAAGGGGAAAUAAAUCAUCACGGCUCCGCUCCUGGCGAACUCUCCUCCUGUCCUCACUGCCUUGGUAGAAAUUUCAACUGAGCACUUGAAUUCCGAGGCCCAAGAACUUCAGUGAAUUUUUGGGCUGAAGACUCAGCUCCGGCUGUUUUCCUCCUCCCCACAGCUCAUGGUCCAGCCCAUGCUGAACAUUUGAAGGAAAAGGUUGGUUGCCAGAGCCAACGUUGUCAGUUUUCAUGCUCGGGUUUAAAAAUGUGUGCUUUUUUUAUAUUUUUAUUCAUAUUCUAUUUACGAGGGGUUGUGUAAGCUUUUUACAGAUAGAAUUGUAUGCUGCAAAUUAGUUUCGGGGGAUAAUUUAUGCAGAAAAGCUAAGUUAAUCUACACGCAUCUCUUACCCAGAAUAAUGAGGGAAGACAAACAGCUUUGGGUAUUCAGGAGUUGAUACCUAUUGUUACUGGAGCAUUUUCCCCAAGCUUUGUGAAUCGGAAAAAGUGCGAAUUAUGAAAUUAGUCUACUGUCCUGCUUGACAAACAUUCCUAAAUAAAGUAUUUAAUAGCUGA